AUGGUCAGGGUCCAGAUCGGUCCAGCAUGUCAGUUUGUGACAACAAGUCAUCUAUGGAUCAGCGUAAAUAUUCCCGAGCUCUUGAUUGACAUUUUCCCCACUCUUGGACCAAUGAAAGGUGGAACUCUCAUUCACUUGGUGCUGCCUGAACCAAAAGUCUCGAUUGAUUUCAGUAAGGGCAUAUGCAGUUUUGGAAAUCAUUCCACUUCGAUUGCAAUUAUCAAAAAUAUGCCUGUCUGUGGCUCAACUCCAGAUGUGCUUACACCACAACGUAAAACCCUUGUUGCUGCGUUGUCUAACUCUAGGAUGCGUUUGAGAGCCAAAACAGGUUUUCUUUUCUAUGAAGACCCAAACAUUUAUUCCAUUUAUCCCUCCAUCGUUAAAAGCCAUGGUGGCCAGAUUGUGAGCGUCUACGGCACUGGCUUUCGGCAAGGAGGGAUUUCGUGUGGAUUUGGCAGCGGCUUCUCCAUAGCAGCUGGCCGAUGGCAAUCUUCUAGUCUAGUACUAUGCUUCACCAUACCCUCUAACCAAACUACAACAAGAUCGCUGGAGAUCAGCUUGAAUGGAGGGUAUGACUUCACUGAUAGCGGUGCAGAGAUACUAUACGAGGACGGAGCUGUCUUGACAGGUGUGAGCCCUUCGAGAGCGAUGAGCGAUACGCCCAACCAGGUUGUCACCAUUUCCGGAGACUCUUUCAAGCAAGGCUGUCGACAUGUCUGUCACUUUGGAACAAGUGCAGAAACGCGUGCUGUAUAUCUCACGUCAUCCAGCUUGGUAUGCUCCGUGCCAAGGAGCAAGCCGAGCACUGUUUUGUUGACAGUAGCUCAGGAUGGGUUGAAGAGUGAGGAAGGGGUUUGGUUUGUUUACGAGCAUUAUCAUUCAGCUGACUUGAGCCCGAGCACUGGGUCAUCCUUGGGGGGCACAGAAGUGACGGUUCGGAGCAACACGCUUCAAGACACCUAUACGGAAGGAGGCUGUUGGUUUGGCAGUGCGUAUGUGCCAGGACGCAUCGUUGCUCGUAACAGUCUUGUCUGUGUCAGCCCACAGUACCUUGGCAACGACAAAGUGGUAGGGGUGAAGGUCAUGCUGCACCGAGCGGAAGGAGGAGAUGUGUACCUGGAUACGAGUUUCGCAUACAGGGUUCCGGCGUUGACUGAUAGAGUUACUCCGACCGUGGGAUCGAAGAACGGAGGUACUUCUGUGCUCGUUGUUGGAUCCAACCUAGAGCCAUCACAUAGAUGCCUGUUCGGCGGAGUUGAGGCAGCCCGUUCCCAGCUGAUAUCAUCAUCGGCUCUUGAGUGUUUUACACCUGCAUCAAGCUUUGUUGGACGUGUUGUUGUACAAGUGAGCCUUGACGGCAGUAUAGAAAUGUCUGCCAUGAAGCUGAGCUUCACAUAUGCACCUGAUGCAACGGUACACUUUGCGAACAUGGGCUCGAUGGUAUAUCAGAGUGUUGUGGUUCUGACUGGAGAGCACUUUCAGGACAGCAAUUCACUGACGUGCAAAUUUGGUGGAUCCAAAUCAGUACUUGGUUUAUAUCAGACUUCAACCCUGGUGCAAUGCUCUGUGCCGAUGCUUGAUACUGGCACAUAUGCUGUCGGAAUCAGUAACAAUGGAGUAGAUCGCGGAGUAGGUGCUGCAGUGGUCCAGUAUAGGAAUGCGAUACAGAUCUUUGAUGUAACUCCUAGCCAGGGAUCACUGUCAGGAGGAGGGCAGAUCACUGUCCAUGGAAGUGGUUUUCCUACACAAGAUGGCCCCGCGUUGUGCUGGGUAGACCAGGUGUCUUCAGUUGCGAUCGCUCAGCAUUCGUCGCAUGUGGUAUGCAUAUUACAAGGACGGCAAGAGGCUGGUGUUGUAGACGUCUACUUGCAGUGGGGACGAGUAGCUGGGAGGAGUACUCAUGUUCUAUUUGAAUAUAUCAAUCCUGCGGAAAUCGUGGGCAUCAUGCCGAGUGUCGGGAGCCUCAAGCCACGUUCAGGGUCAAGGGUAACUGUCAUUGGGUCAGGCUUCGACGCGGGAGUGGGGCUGCGAUGUCGAUUUGGUAACGCGAAUUGUACAAGGUCCGCAGUGAAGUGGGUAACGUCCAGUCUAAUACAGUGCUUGGUACCCGAACAAUCUGUGCCGGGACCUGUAGAAGUGAAAGUCAGCAAUGAUGGAGGGAGAGAGUACUCGACAAACGGACCAGCUUUUCUUUACGAGGACCCCCCUUCUGUACACGGGAUAUUUCCAAAAGUCAUCAGGCCAGGGGUCUCACAUCAAAGCACGAUAUCUGUGAUUGGGAAGCUUUUCAAGAACGUACCAAAUUAUGUAGCGUGUCUCUAUGGCAGUAAUAGUAUCAUACAGGGGGAUUACAUCUCAUCGACACUCAUUGUCUGCCAAACACCGAGAAAUGUCAGUGGGACAGUGGCUGUUGCGGUCAGGACAGGUUGGCAUGGGUUUGUGUCGGGGCCAGGAUGUUUUGUGUCUGUGCUAGGAGCUCAAUCCUUCAUGAUUCAACCUACCUCUGGCCCAUUGAGUGGAGGGACCCUUGUAACAAUUACUGGGAUCCACUCCGGCAUGUAUGAUACAACAGAAGAAAUCUGCUGUUUCUUUGGGCACAACGGUACGAAAGUCACUUUGCUAAGCACUUCAGCCGUCCUUUGCACAGUGCCGGCAAGCUUCAGGUAUGGUGUGGUUACCGUGAGUGUACUUACGACAUGCCGAGCAAGUGGUACCCUUGUGGGCACGAGGCCCUUUCUGUACCUGCCGGCAGUACAUGUCGUCGAUAUCUAUCCAAGACGAGGGUCCCAACAUGGCCGAUCAUCAAUACGAAUCAUAGGAAUAGGCUUCUUGGGAGACCGAGCAAGGUGUAAACUUGGGAAUCUGUCUUCUCCCGAGGAUGGAACGAGGAUUGUCUCCUCCACUCUCAUCGAAUGCAUUGCUCCUAUUUCCGAGGCAAUAGGUCAGACCUUGGUCAGAGUAAGCUUGGACGGUGGGCAGACGUUCUCAUCAGACGAGGUGGUCUUCACAUACGAGGCUGACCCGACCGUGCUCUCUCUUCAGCCUUCAACAGCCUACAGCAAGAUGAGCAACCAAGUUGUGACUGUCCACGGAAGGCAUUUCACCGACGCCGGAGAUCUUCUCUGUUGGUUUGGAGCAGGCCAUGUCGUACGCGCUUUGUAUGUGUCUUCUGUGAGAGUGCUGUGCUCUAUUCCAGAGCAAAAGCCUGGUAUGGUAAGAGUGACUGUGACCAAGGAUGGUCAUAAUAAUGCUCCUAUCGAUGCUUUAGCUUCUGCCUACUUGUUGUAUCUGUAUUACAACAAAGGAAUGAACUCUAGAUUUACAAUCUGGCCGACCAGCGGUCCAUCUCUGGGAGGCUCAGUCGUACGACUGGUUGGUAUUCAGGACUCACUGAAGAUCUCAACUUGUUUAUUUGAUUACCAGACGGUCAACGUCGCAGUUUACAACCACAGCAUUGCAUGUGUAUCCCCUGCACAUGGAGAAACAGGUUCUGUCAAAAUACAGCUCGUCCCAUCGAGUCUAUCCUCUCUCUCUGGCGUGGUGGACUUUGAUCAAGCCGUGACUUUCUUCUAUUAUGAUGAUCCUGUCGUUGACAGUGCGUUCUGGGUUGGGCAAUCUGGCGGAGGUACGGCCUUCGUCAGUGUACUUGGCAGACAUCUCAUGGCCAAUCACUCCAUGUGUCGAUUGACUUUUGAGUCUGGAGACAGCAAGGUACUCCCAGGCACGAGCCAGACUUCCACCAAGAUUCUUUGUGUGUCUCCUCCUCUUCCGCAAAGCGUAGGCAGGACUUGGGUAUCGAUCAGUUUGAACGAUGGUGUAGACUUCACCUCAAGUAACACCCUAGUAUCGACAAGCAGCAAGAUCGAUGUAAAGAGUGUGUGGCCGUCCACAGGAGGUACAGAUGGAGACAUGGUGAUUACAAUCUUUGGUGCGAUGUUCUAUCCGCGCCAGCAUCGUCUUGACUGCUGGUUCGGCUUCCGAGUGAGCACUCCAGCCCUCUAUUCCAGCUCUACUCUGGUCAAGUGUGCCGUGCCGAAGCUCCUUCCCGGUACCGUCGCUGUGUACUUGGGCGAUGAGCAGGGCAUACAUGGCAAUAGCAACGGUCAAUACACGGUCGUAAGUAGGGGACAUGUCCAUGCAGUCGAGCCGAGCAGCGGGCCGGUGACAGGAGGUACCGCCGUCGUCAUGAGCGUGCGAGGAGGUGCAGGCUUUGCGUCAGCUAUCUUCUGUCGUAUUGGGGAAGGUCAGGUGGUGCAGGCCCAAGCGCUCAGCAGCUCCAGGAUCCUUUGCACCAUGCCGGCUGUACAGAAGAGCGGGACAGUGCUGAUACGGGCAGUAGAGGGAGCCCAAGGGUCGAGUAGGGGCCUUGAGGGAGAAGUGAGGUAUGUUUACUACAAUGAGCCUGUGGUGACUCGCGUGGAGCCAAGCAGUGGCGCUCUGGAAGGGGGUACCAUGCUGAGCCUGUAUGGGCGGGGGCUGGAAGAAGGCAGCAAUCUAACGUGCAGGUUCGGGACCGGAGAUGCGGUCGCAGGCCGGCAAGAGACUUCUACGAUGGCCACCUGUGUUGCACCCCCGCGCCCAGUCAAGGACGUCGUCUGGUUGCAGGUGAGCCUCAACGGAGGCGCGGACUUCUCCGGAUCUGCAGUCGAGUACGCAUAUGAGGCCGGGGCUACGGUGGACGAGGUGAGGCCGUCCGCGGGAGAUAGCGGGGUCGACGGGCAGACCGUGACGGUGAUAGGCCGCCACUUCGGGUCGGGACAAGGGCUGAGCUGCUUGUUCGGGACAAGGGGGCGGGUACGGGGCAUGCCGAUGACGUCGACGGCGGUAGUCUGUGUAGCGCCGAGAGGGGGUCCGGGGGCGGUCGGGGUAUCGGUGAGCAACAACGGAGUGGAUGAAGGGCAAACAAGGGGCGGGUUCGUGUACAGCGGUGAUCUUAAGGUAAUACGCAAGGUCACCCCAAGCUCAGGGCCGUUGGCUGGGGGUACCAACGUGACCAUAGCAGUCGACGGUUUGCGUCGGGCGGCGUUGUCAUGGACGACAGAGAGACCUUGGGGUUGCGUUUUUGGAACCUCAGUCGUGCAAGCACAAGCUUUGACCACGUCGCUGAUCAGCUGUAAGUCGCCUACAAGCUUGCGGGCAGGAGAAACGAAGAUAGAGAUAGAACUGUCCAACCAUGGUCCAACAUUGAGUAUAGAGUCUGCAUUCGUCUACUACGAGGGGCCAGAGGUGAGCUCGGUGGUGCCCAGCAUAGGGAGACAGACGGGAGGUAUGGUGGUAAGUGUCGUGGGCCAGGGCCUCAUAUCCCGAGAUCCCGUUUGUCAAUUUGGCCCGUCCAUAGUCCAGGGCAAGGACGUUACGAGCCUUAGCUCAUCAUUGCUGCUAUGUACCACGCCCGCAUCACUGCUUGGCAGUACGGUAGUCAGGCUGCAGGUGAGCCUCAACGGAGGCGCGGACUUCUCCGGAUCUGCAGUCGAGUACGCAUAUGAGGCCGGGGCUACGGUGGACGAGGUGAGGCCGUCCGCGGGAGAUAGCGGGGUCGACGGGCAGACCGUGACGGUGAUAGGCCGCCACUUCGGGUCGGGACAAGGGCUGAGCUGCUUGUUCGGGACAAGGGGGCGGGUACGGGGCAUGCCGAUGACGUCGACGGCGGUAGUCUGUGUAGCGCCGAGAGGGGGUCCGGGGGCGGUCGGGGUAUCGGUGAGCAACAACGGAGUAGAAGGAGAGACCGCUAGCGGCAUCGUCAGCGUGAGGUAUGAGUACCGCUCAGGGAUGUCAGCAAAGUCCGUGGUACCUAGUCAGGGACCGUCAGUGGGAGGAACGGUCGUGAGAGUGAUGCUUGAAGGGACGAUCGGAGGUGAGGACGGGACUGGGGAGUGGCUCUGUGUAUUCGGAGACUCUAUGAGCCGCGGGCAAUUGAACGUGUCAUCGCCGGACAACGCUUCCGUGGCAUGCAAUCUGCCACCAUCGAUGCCCUCUACCGUCUCUGUACAAGUGCGACGACCGAGUGGACAGAAGCUAUCAGGGGACCUAAGGUUCCAGUACGUACUUCAAGCCAGGCUCAUAAGUGUAUCUCCAAGUCAAGGUGGAGCAGGGGGAGGAUCGAGGGUGACCAUCACAGGAGAGGGAAUCGGGCGAGAGGGGCUGAGGUGCUGGUUUGGGGACAAGGCCGUGGAGGGGAGAGGCGUGGAGUGGAUAUCGUCAAGCCUGGUGACGUGCAUGACUCCAGAGCUUAACAUCUAUGAUGGCGUAGUAUCGAUCGGCCUCGAACGGAUUUUUUUCGUUUCAGAGGAGAACGAGCUCGUCUCAACUUACCUCCACGCUUUUGAUAUGCUAUAG